AAACCCAAAAACCUGAACGCUUGAGGCGCAUUUGAAGGCAGCUGAUCCGCGUCUCCCCUGUUGUGUACGUCACGUUGCUGAAUCAUCAGGUAUACGCAUCAUCGAUGUGAACGCAAUCUACUCACAUAAUUUACAGGUGAGUGUCGUUGGAUGACUUCCACCUUCCACCCGACGGGGAGCGGAGUGCAGUUUUGCAACAGUGUUACGCGAUAUUUCUUCGACAGGUCGGGACGCGCAGAAAUAAUUCCCGGUAACUCUCGACGAGUUUGAACAAGAGCAGACUCCCUCUAGCAGCUGUGUAAAGAAGUUCAUUCCUCGGUUUACCACCGCCUGUUUGUGUUUGUUUGUGUGUGUGUGUCCCUGAGUCUUGACACUUGCAUUGUUGCUCCACCUCCGUCACCGCCUUGGAUUUAAGUCGCUUGCAAAGCUGCUGCGAGGCAGUUUCUCAAGAGGAAGCAGAAGAGUGGGAGGUGGACUACUUCUAGUGAGGAGAGAGAGAAAAAGAAAGGAAAAAAGUUCACGAUGGCAGAUAAUAAGAUGGGCCCGAACCUCCAGGCUGGAGCCGGAUUCCUCGCCAAACGAGUCCAGAAGUCUUUGAAUCGAGCCCAGGAGAAGGUCCUUCAAAAACUGGGCAAAACCAUGGAGACCAAGGACGAGCAGUUUGAGAUGUGUUUCCAGAGCCUCAACAAACAACAGAUUGAUGGAAGCAGGUUGUUUAAAGAUGUCAAGGCCUACCACGCAGCAGUGAAAGCCGUGCAUGAGACGUCCAAGCGUCUGUCGCAGACGUUGCGAGAAGUCUACGAACCAGACUGGAACGGAAUGGAGGACCUCGCCGUCAUUACAGAAAGUGAAGACCUGCUGUGGAACGACUACGAAGAGAAGCUAAGUGACCAGAUUGUGCGCACCAUGGAGAACUACACAAGCCAGUUCCCCGAAGUCAAGGAACGCGUAUCUAAACGCGGUCGCAAACUGGUGGACUACGAUUCAGCGCGUCACCACCUGGAAGCGCUACAGAGUGCCAAGAAAAAGGAUGAGGCCAAAAUAGCAAAGGCGGAAGAAGAGUUCAACAAAACCCAGGGUGUCUUUGAGGAAUUAAAUAACGAGCUGAGGGAGGAGCUGCCUGUUCUCUAUCAGAGCCGGAUAGGUUGCUAUGUGACAGUGUUCCAAAACAUAUCAAACCUGAGAGAUGUCUUCUAUAAGGAAAUGAGCGUGCUGAACCAUGAGCUGUACAAUGUGAUGAAGAAACUGGAGACUCAACACUCGGGAAAAGCCUUCAUCAUCAAGGGUCUGGACAGCAUGACAAGCAAGUCAAAGAAGCGAAAGUCCCUGGUUAUCUCCAACCCCAUCCCUUGCAAUACAGCUUUCCCAACGGACCACAUCUCCAUCCACUCUUCCACCGAAAAUGGAAAAGACGGCGAGCCCUCUUCGCCCGUCCAACGAACUCAAAGCACCUCAGAGGAAACCGGCUUGCCAGAAGAAAGCAGCGCCUCAUCCAAAGACGUCAACUCGUCGGACUCCGAUCUCAGCUCCAGCGGCACCAACACGCCCCACAGGCAGUCGGUGUCCUACAAUGAGACCAGCAACCGGUGUACAGGGAGUCAAAGUCCGGAGGAGGUGGAGGCAGAAGCCGACCUGUUUACGAACCAAUCCGAUGACUCCAUGGCAGGUGUGCCAAAGUCAGAGGCUGCAAGUCAGGAAGUGUCCAAUCCCUGUGAUUCUGCAGAUAUCGCCCUGCAGAGUCCAGAGCAGGAGAAUGUGAGUGACCCAACAUCCGAGAGUCCAGAGCAGAAUGUGAGUGACCCAACAUCAGAGGAGGCAGGGCCAAAACCUGCACCGGUCCCCGCCCCUCGCAUCUCCUUCCGCUGCACAGAUAGACCCGUGCUCUUAGUCACUAAGAAGCAGGAUGAAGAAUUGGUCCAACAGCAGACCGAGGACUCCAGUUCCCACAAUCCACCAGGCUUCCUUUACAAGGGGGUGGCGGUAGAGAGCCAUGCAGCGUCCGAAGACGGCCUGCUCCAGUUUGAACAGGGAGAUGUUAUCCUGGUGCUUGCUGACACUCAAGAGCAGGAAGGCCUGGUGAAGGGGAUCAGGGAGGAGAGCUGGAACCAGCACAGGGAUCUACAAAAUCACUCUGGGAUCUUCUCGGAAAAACUCCUCCAGCCGGUUCAGGCAGAGUGAGGCAAUAGUCACUCCUCAGUCUGUAAUACUUUCUUCUUCCAUCGAGCAGUUGGUGACUCACUCACUCACUCACUCUCUCUCGCUCUCUCGCUCUCAGGGAGUGAACCCAUAUGUUGUGGGUGCAGAAGCUGUGCAAACAGAUGAGCACAAGUCCCACGUGGGAACUCACAUGCUCUGAUGUUGCAACUUUGGAAGGAAAAGAACAUUUUGCAAGAGAUGUUUGGAUUGUUAAAUGUUUCAGUAUUUUUGUUCUUAUUGCUAUUUUUUAAAAGUCUUUCUGUGAAACCAAAAAUUUUUGUACUGAUGCUGUGAUCUUCUGUAAAAUGUCCUAAUAAAGUUAUAUAUAUAUAA